AUGUGGCCAACAUGGGUAUUUACGGCGGAGGCCAUUGUCAUAGUAACAACGAAUACCAUCACCAUAUUGACAUUCACAAGAACUCCUCGUCUGCGCAUGCGUAAAUACUCGUUGAUAGUCAACCUGGCCGUGGCGGAUCUCUUUGUAGGACUGAUAGCCGUGCCUUUACAAAUUAUCUACCUAUUUACUCAAAACGCGGUGGAUGCUCGUGUGGUUUAUAGAAUCAGUUUGCUAUUGGAUCCUUUCUUAGGAAUUGCGUCUUUAUUWGGCUUAGCUGCCAUAGCCAUUGAACGUACAUACGCCACGUAUUAUCCAUUCAAACACCGUACGAUGAGCAAGACUCCAUACACCAUUGGGAUCGCUGUGGUAUGGUUGACAGCAAUGCUAUUUGCGUCAACAAUCGCCUUCUUUUUUAGAGGCGGAACCCUUAAAAAUAUGAUUAUUGUAUUUACAGGCAUAACAAUCCCAUUGUUUAUCAUAAUAUGUGCAUAUUUCCUUAUUUGGGUAAAAUUUACAUGCAUYAGAAAUGUCUUAGGUCACGUAAUCCAUCAGAGAAAUAGGAAAUUAUCUGUCACGCUUGCUAUUGUUACCAUUGUAAGCUUAAUUGCGUGGAUUCCUUUCAUGGCUUUUCGAAUGCAUGUCAGGUUUUGUUAUAAGUGUCGAGCUGAUGUUACAGCUGUGCUGCACAUUUGUAAAGUGCUUCACUAUGGCAACUCCUUUGUAAACUUUAUAAUUUACACGCUGCGACAUCCAGAAUUCCGGGCUGGAAUGGCUCAGAUGUUGCGGAGGCUGAAUUGUCACUGUCCAGACACGGAAAACGUGGUACAAAGAAACAYCAUUGAAUUAGAAAAUCGCGCAGUUGGCCAUAUUAACGAAAUUCACGUCAACGACAGAGAGGAUAACAUGUAG